UUCAGGGAAGGGCGCCAUCAAGUGCUUGCAUCAUCACCAUCACGCCGAAAACAUGUCGAACGGAGAAUUUUACUUGCGAUAUUACGUCGGCCAUAAAGGCAAAUUCGGCCACGAAUUCCUCGAAUUUGAAUUCCGACCAGAUGGCAAGUUGAGGUAUGCCAACAAUUCAAACUACAAGAACGAUGUCAUGAUCAGAAAAGAGGCCUAUGUCCACAAGGCUGUCAUUGAAGAGCUGAAGCGAAUCGUUCAAGACAGUGAGCUAAUGCAGGAAGACGACGAGCUAUGGCCACAGCCGGACCGUGUCGGACGCCAGGAGCUGGAGAUUGUCAUGGGCAACGAGCAUAUCUCCUUCACCACCAGCAAGAUUGGCUCGCUCAUUGAUGUCGGCAACAGCAGGGAUCCUGAGGGUCUGCGCAUCUUCUAUUACCUCGUCCAGGAUCUCAAGUGUCUCGUCUUUUCACUGAUUGGUCUACACUUUAAGAUCAAACCCAUCUAGUUGCCCUCUUGACACUUUGUAUCUAGUCCUAUUUUGUGUUAGUUGAUCCCCCCCCCAGUUGUCCUGUACAUCUUUUUGCUUCUUGUAUCUAGUUCAUACAGAGGUAUCUUAGAAGACAAAUUUCACCAAUUUCCCUGUUCCAUUAGGAUUGAUGGUGCAUUAUUUUUCUUGUUCAUAGCACCCUCCAUUGUCAAGUGUGUCAGAAAGUGAGGAACUGCACUUUGGAAAUUAACUUCCUUGUGAAAUACACUCGAUACUCUUUUGUUUGUCACUUUUGCCAUUACCCCAUAAAAGUACAA